AUGCUUUACCUUGUUGGCCUUGGUCUCGCCGAUGAGAGAGAUAUCACUGUCAAGGGACUGGAAGUAGUGAAGCGUGCAGAAAGAGUCUACUUGGAGGCCUACACCAGCAUUCUACAUGUUGGGAAAGAUAAGUUGGAGUCACUCUAUGAGCGCCCCGUAAUUGUAGCAGACCGCGAAAUGGUCGAGUCCUCCAGUGACGAAAUCCUGGAAGGAGCAGACAAAGCUGACAUUGCUUUUCUGGUGGUCGGCGAUCCAUUUGGCGCGACAACUCACACGGAUCUGGUCCUUCGGGCCCAGGAGCUCUCCAUCCCCGUCAAGUCCAUUCCCAAUGCCUCAAUUCUCAAUGCCAUCGGUGCGACUGGCUUACAACUCUACAACUUUGGCCAGACCGUCUCCAUGGUCUUCUUUACCGAAAACUGGAAACCGGCUAGCUUCUACGACCGCAUCCGAGAAAAUGCCUCUAUUGGCUUGCACACCCUAAUGCUACUGGAUAUCAAGGUGAAGGAACAGUCACUCGAAAACAUGGCUAGGGGAAGAAAGACCUAUGAGCCUCCACGUUAUAUGACUGUCAUGCAGUGCGCCCAGCAAAUGCUGGAAAUAGAGGAAGAGAAGAAAGUGCAUGUCUACGCCGAAGACAGUCUAGCUAUCGGUUGUGCGAGAGUCGGUGCGGAUGACCAACAAUUCGCCUGCGGAACGCUGAAAGAGCUAUGUAACAUUGACUUGGGCGCCCCGCUCCACAGUCUCGUGCUUCUCGGUAAAAGAGCGCAUGAGUUAGAGAAGGACUACAUCAAAAAGUUUGCAGUGAAUGAAGAAACCUUCGAGGAGAGUUGGAAGAAGUACCAUGGAAGGAACCAAUGA